AUGACGUCAACACCGCCCACAGAACACACAAGCAGAUCUUUGAGUGAAAGCUGGGCAACUUUGAGUGCAUCAGACGCCCAUUCUGAGGAUGGUUCUCGCUCGGAACAGACUGAUGCGGCAUCUCUGAUUGAUCAGGCUGGCCCAGACGACGUUGCAAGUCUCGAUGAGCGGUAUAGCUGCAGUGAGAUGGAUGGAAAUGGCGAAGAUGACACAGAUGAAGAGGACUAUGAUGACCGGAGGAUCGACGAAUUUGAAACCCAGGAGCUUCCUGCUUCAUACCCCGUGACAGGUGAUGCCAUCGAGGAUAGUAAUAUCACAGCAAAGACUGCCUUCUACCAACCAAGCGAAUCGAUCGAAUUUGAUGAGCCCGAGCACUGGCCCGAAGUUGAACGAGUGGAGUUGAAACAGACAAUUCAAGUAAUCGACGGGCCAGAGGCUGCGGAUCUCAAAGAGCGUCUCGACUGCGAGGCCCAGGAUACUUUGCUCACAGUCACUGUCCAACAGACGAUGACGAGAAGGAGCCUUGAUACUGACAAGCCGUUCCGUGUGCUCUAUGUUGGGAACCCCGAAUUUCGCAACAUCAUACUCGAUAAGAUCGGGGAUGUCCUAGUUGCAAGUUCCUACAGCGGUUUUGAGAGUAGCUCCACAGAGUCUUCUAGGUACCAUGUUGUUCCCACCGCAUUUGGUGCAGGGGCUGUUCCCAACUUUGCGGAACUUCUCCCUAUCCAUGUGCAGCUCGUUGUUGACGAGUGUGUCCGGGUCUCCUCUGACUCUUCCUUUGACGAUCCGGGAGCUAUCAACGUGGAAUUCAAGAACCGGCCUACCUGCACCUCAUCUUGGAACGGGUCAGAGUAUACAAUCUCGUCCCCGUAUGAUUGGACAAUUCCAGACGUAGCCAUACUUUUCAGGUCCAGCAUAGACACAUCUGAUGCUGUCGAGACUCAAAAUUGGGCUCGUCUGUUCAUGGAGAGACACGGUAUCCCAACUUUGGUGAUCUCAGAGAAGCCACUGUGGAGAAUGAUGAGCGAGCCUAUACCGGUCAACUACCAUAGCCUGCACAUGUGUCUAGAAUCUCGCCAUCCUGUGACUGGGAAGAGCACUCUUCUGAGGCGAUAUCCUAUUGACCUCGAAACAUUCGAGAGCAUCACACCCGGACAGCUCAACAGAAAUUUGGCGUCCUUGGCGGACAUAUACCCUUCGAGGGCGCUCAAGAUCAGAGACCAAAGAUCAGAUCGCUCCGAGAAGGCACUGUUUAUGAGUAUCAGGAAGUAUAUCAAGGAGAUGCUGGGGUUCUGCCAAAACGGCAACACUAACUGGACAACGGUCCUCCGCCUGGUUGUUCUGACGCUCGUCUCGGCCAUAGUUAUUACCUUGGGCUAUUCAGCUCUACAGGUUGCUGCUGUGUCUUUUUUACAUUUAUCCUCUUCUCCUCUUAUCUCAGACUCCGUAUCUCCACCUGUGACCGCGAGGCAAGCGUCCAGCAUUCCUUCCAUAGACAAUGGGAGGUAUACAUCUCUUUCAGUGCCUUCGUUAGCCACCCAGGAGGUUCGGCUUCUUGCACCACAAUCAUCCAGUCGUUCACCUUUGGAAAAGCUGAUUGGCAGUGUCGCAUCUGUCCCUGAACGAGAGAUGCAACAGGGCAAGUUUGAGAUACAUGUAGUCGGCGAUUGUCACCUCGUUCUAAAGCCUCCGCGUACGUUCAUCAAUGCGAAAAAGCAACCAAGGUUUGAUGUCCAUAUCAGCCGAAACAAUAUCCCUCUCGGCUACGAGCUCUCUAAAUUAUUCGACGGAGUUUAUACUAUCAAACUUGAUCGAGGAGAUGCUUACGGGGUCGUCGAUAUCGCACUUACAGCGGCUUCGAAACCACCCCUCAAGCAGACCAUGUCAGUAGACUUGGGGACACCCUGGCUCAAGAUUGCCAGCUGGAAACGAGCGGCGCAGGCCAUCUCUUCUCAGGUCGCUAGAGACCUCAAUAUCGCGCAAACCGGCUUGUCGGAGGCGUACAGCCGGCUAUGUACUGAUAUGCAACUGCUGAUGGGGGAUGUUGUGAGAAAGGCUCACUUCAUGCGGCGCGAGGCUGAAAUUCUUGGGCCAGACUCAGCAUAUAUCUCUCUUGAGACAAGAGAUGCGGUCUUGUCACGAUCGAAACAGAUCUCCGAGGCUGUGAAACGCAGCGCAGUGCAGCCGUUUCUGACAGCUUCGUCUGCGAUACAAGGGCACACGGGCCGCUUCAACAGAGAAGCAAGAGGAUUCAUGAGCAAUACAUGGAACAGGGUCAGCACAUGUGUACAUGGCCUUGAUCUUGGGGCGCUGAAAAGCCAUGUACGAAAUGCUAGGAAAUGCGAAGCCCUGGGCAGAGCGCAGAACCGAGCGAAAGGCUUGAUGAGGCGCAAGUCCUGCGAGCACCUGGAGUGUCACUCGCAGGCCUCAUAG